CUAAAAGUUUAUGUCAUUAAUUUUAAACAUAUUAUAUACUAUUAUAAAAUUCACUAGAGGUAACCAUAGCCCUAACCUUUUUCUACUAUAUGUUUUAAGCUUUAAAAUAUAAAAUAUUUAAAAUAAAAUAGUACCUUAAUAAAAAAAGAUGUAAAUAAAACUAUCGAAUUAUAAAGAAUGAUCAUUGAAAAUUUUUUUUUUAACAGAAAAGUAAAGCCCCUCUUUCUGUAAUUUUAUAACAAAACAUUUGUGCUGGGAUUGUUUUUGUUAAUUUGAUUAUUAUUCAUUUCCUUCAUGUAACUAUAACUUUUAAAAUGAUUAAACCUACAUAUUGUUUAAAAUUGUUUUCCCAUUGCAUCACAUGUAAUACAGCAAAGUUUAAAAUUAAUUAAUGAUCAUGACUUACUAACAUACUAAGUGUUUCUCUAGUCCUCCCAGUAGAUCUGAAAUAACACCAGUUGUUGUGUACUACUUGUCAUUCCCAUUUUUAAUAUUGCGUUUAUUUUUUUUUUCUAGCACACUAUUUUGUUUUAUAUCAUCUAAUAAAAAAAAAAGCUAAUUAACUAUUCUUCUUAGCUAUUUUUACUAUCACUAAUGAUAUGUGGUACAUCAUCACUUUUUAUAUAACGUUCCUUGUUAAAAUUUAUUUUAUUGAUAGUUCAUAAAGAAUUAAUUUAAAUUAUGUUUAAUGUAAAGCCAUAACUUUCAAAUUAAAAUAUUUAAUAAUUUUUAUAAACAAUAUUAUUAGUUUUAUAAAAUUGUCUUCACUUCAAGUUUGUGACUGUAAAGAUAUGUCAACUCUCCUUUUUAUAUUUAUGUGUACCAUUAAAAAUUAAGUUUUUUCAAACACAAAUCAUCAUAUAUCCUAUUAACCUUUCAUCAUUCAAACAUUAAACUCUCAUAAAAAACAACAACUUUUUUUUCAAAUCCAUUUAUUAUUAACCCUUCAUUAAAUUAAACAUUAAACUUUUCAAAAAUUCAUAAGUGCCUUAUACUUUCGUGAUGGUGUCUAAAUUCCCACAUGUGCCUUAUACUUUCAUGAUGGUGUCCUUCAACUCCUUGCAUGUCAUCAGAGUCCCUUCGGCAACAUUUACUUAAUCAUCAUCCAGUACAUACUAACUUGCAUGUCAUCAGAGUCACUUGGCUCCAUUUACUUAAUUAUCAUCCAGUACAUACUAACUUGCAUUUCAUCAGAGUCACUUGGCUCCAUUUACUUAUUCAUCAUCCAGCACAUACUAAUUUGCAUGUCAUCAGAGUCACUACGUCACCAACAAAUUAACCACCAUUGACUUCAUCAUCAUUCUAUGCUGCUUACUUGCAUGAUAUCUGCUUUGCUACGCUUCUAACACAAAGAAGCCACCAUUUACUUUAUCGUCAUUCAUCACUGACUAAUUUACAUGUCAUCGAGUCCCUACGUCACUAACAAACCACCAUUGGCUUCAUCGUCAGUUGGUCGAACUUAAUUUCUAUGUUAUCACAUUCAUCUUCUACGUUAUCAGCACAAUCCAGCAAUCAUUUAUGCCUUGCCAUCUUACCAUGCUAUACUUCAAAAUUAACAUCAUAUUAUCAAUUGUCAAGAAACAUUUAUAAAGAGAGACCUGACAACCCAGCAAGUCCGACAUUUCGUUUUUCAAAUUAAGGACACAGAAUAGAGAUGCAAUGGAUCCAUCAAUCAGAAAUUCAAUUCAAAUAUUGCCAAGAGUUCGCCCUCCUGAUCCAAGUGAAAAAGACUUUGCACCAUGAGUUCUGGAUGUUAACACUGCAGACACUGCCAUUAUUCUUCACACAAAGCCAGAGCCCACAAUUUUCACCUCUGACAAUGUAGCAUGCUGACACCACACAGUGGCCAGACUGGCUCAGGAAAAAGUUUUACUAUGUUUGGUCCCUCUGAGAACUUGGAAAGCUCUCAGCUUCGUGGUGUGAUUCCCAGAAGUUUGGAGUAUCUCUUUCGUGUAAUAGCUCACCAACAAGAUCAUGGCAGGAAAAAACAGUUUUUGUGUCGCUGCUCCUUUUUAGAAAUCUAUCAAGAGCAAAUCUUUGAUCUUUUGGAUACAGCUUCACAAGGUAUUCGCUUACGUGAGAAUAUGAACAAAGGUGUCUUUGUAGAUGGACUCAUUGAGCAAGUUAUCUGCAACUCAAGAAAUGCUUAUCAGUUAAUAAUCAAGGGCUGGUUGAAUCGUAGAGUAGCUCCUACUUCCAUGAACAGAGAGGGUUUGCGCUCUCAUGCUGUUUUUACAGUUAAAAUAGAGUCAAAGAAUCAUGAAUCUCAGCUGACAGCCAAAGAAGAAGAACUGCAAAGAGUGAACAUGACUCUUCAGAAAUUUGAAAAAGACAACAAAGUUUUACAAGCUAAGUUGAAGCACACAGAAGUUUGUGAGCAGAAAGCUCCUGAAGUGCCAAAUUUUCAAGUUAUUAAGAAUAUUGAAUUAGCCUAUAGCCGCAAGAUGGAAGAGUUUGAGAGGUCAAUCUUUGGCAAAGAUAAAAAAGUAGCUGAGUUAUUAAUUGAAGUAGCAAAAUUAAAAGAGGAACUUCACCUUGCCAGGGAAAACACAUGCAUCUGUUUUAAAAGACUGGAAUUGCAAUAAAAUGGGUGCUGCUGAGGCAUUUCAAGAAUUUCAGAGUGCUGUGCCUAUGCAAGGAGGUGCUAUUGGUGAGCCUGGAGAGAGAAAGUCAUCUUCAGAAAAAAAUGGCUUGGUUAGAGGAAGAGCUCUAAUAAAAGAUACAAAAAUGCCAGAAAUAAAGGAACAAUCUUGGAGAAGUAAAAAAAAGUGAAUGAACUAAUAACAUCCUUUUAAAGAAUCACUGUUUUUGUAAAAGCAGUAUAAAGUUUGUUUUUUUAUACCAAUCAAUGGUUAUAGUUCAAAUGAAAGCCACUUCAUUCUUCUUAAAAAAUCCAGUACAAGAGAUACAGUACUUGUAAGCAUGUCAAUGAUUGGUUGAAUCCUACCAGUAUUUGAAUAAACAUAUAUUUUAGUUUGAUGCCCAAGAUUGGCAUUGACUCUAGACAAAUAAUUGUGUUUAUACACAGUUUGACUGUAAAAGAAAUAUGUCGAGAUAUUUUUGUUAAGAUUUUUCUUAAGUUCAAGCUACUACACUCUUUUAGUCAAUAAGUUCUACAAUGGAAUUUAAAAAGAUGUUUAUGGAAACUGUCUUUCAUUUCACUAGCCAUUUGUUUCUCAUAAAAAUUGUGGAAUUGAAAAUGUCUUACAUGUGCUUCUAUAUCUAAUAUUUAUGAAUAUAUAUAUAUAUAUAGAAUAUCCUCUGCUUAAAAGUAUGCUUUAUUGAAAUAUGUUUGAUGUCAAUACUUGUAAUAAAAUGAACAAGAUGUGUUUCACUCUAGUAGUUUAAAUUUUCAUAAGUUAUGAACUAGAGGCCUUAAAUAAAAUUGACUACUUUUGGAUAAAUUUGUCAUCUCUGUUGAUGUACAAAUAAUGUGACUAGGCCUCAAGGUUUCCUAAAUUGAGCAAAGAGAAAGAGCAUCCACAUUUAUCUUUUUCUAGAAAGAACAAAAAUAAAGCUCAAAUAUUUCUCCUAUUUUGACAUAAAUUAAGAAAAAUAAUAUGACCAUUUUUGUAGGAGCUCGCUAGGUUGAAUUUAUAGGUAGGCUAUUUAGGCAUGGUUGUAUUUUACACAGCUACAACUGUAUUAAUACAUAAAUAAGCUGUCCUAUUGUAAAUAUGUACUGUACAUAAAGAAUUAGUAGAAAUAGCUAUUUGAUCUUCAUGUAUUGUCUUGAAUCCUUUUUUUUUUUUUU